AUGGCAUAUGGCAUCUUCGGGCCUCAAAAUUCCUGGCUGCAGAGCUCCCAAGCCCAGUCGGCUGCAGGGCGUUUGAACAUCGCUCCCAGCACGUUGGCCUUGAAAUGGGCCGAGUACAAAGGUUUCUUGGCCUUAGUUCCAGAUUUACAAGAUCUCUUUGCGUCGGAAGUUCCUGUGGAACAUCGCAGUUUCAUGCGCCUGUAUCGGGCAGCACCCUCGGUUGAGAUCUGUAGCUCGGUGCUGUGGGGCACCACUGGCGUGAUCCCAGAGGUGCUGACUACCCCCCGAGCGAGGGUAGCUUCUCCAAAACUGUGCCGCUCCAAGGACUUUCAGCAGCUCAUUCCGGGGCUUUGCCCCGGAGCGACGCCAAAGGCGCCCAAAAAGGAGGCACAAGCCGUGAAGCAGCAGAUCUUGCCUGACUUGGUCAAGCGUGCACAUCAAGGACGUCCAGGUCUCGUCUGGCACGGCGAGGUGGCCAGCAAGCGGCUGCAGGUGGAAGCAUCGCCUCGUGCCGCAGGAGGAAACCACGACAGCGAGGAGAUGGUGGAGGCAGACUAUAACCUGCCAUGGCCAUCUGAGAUGGAGGACCUGGACGAUUUGCUCGGCAGUUCCGCGCCAGAAGCCUUGAAACCGAUCCGACGUCCCAGACCACAGCCGCCGCUUCGCCGCAAGAGACCACGGGAGGUGCUGAUUGUCUCGGUUGGGGAGGACAAGGUCGUGCCAGAGGAGACAGAUGAAGCCGCCUGCGGCUACAAGAGCCUGUUC